AUGCUUCACGACAUCUUUGUCCCACACUUCUGUCAUGUUUCAUGCCGUCAUUUGUCCUUCCCUUCCUCUUCUAUUACCUUUUCACGACGUCUUUUGUCCUUCCCUCCGCCUUUUAUCUCCUGUCACGACGUCUUUUUGUCCUUUUUUCCCUUCUGUCACCUUUCACGACGUCUUUUCUGUCCUUUUUUCCUUUACAUCGGUACUUCUUCUCUCUCUCUCUCUCAGCAUCGGUACUUCUUCUCUCUCUCUCUCUCAGCAUCGGUAAUUUUUCUCUCUCUCUCAGCAUCGGUAAUUUUUCUCUCUCUCUCAGCAUCGGUAAUUUUUCUCUCUCUCUCAGCAUCGGUAAUUUUUCUCUCUCUCAGCAUCGGUAAUUUUCUCUCUCUCUCAGCAUCGGUACUUUUUUCUCUCUCUCAGCAUCGGUACUUUUCUCUCUCUCUCUCAGCAUCGGUACUUUUCUCUCUCUCAGCAUCGGUACUUUUCUCUCUCUCUCUCUCUCAGCAUCGGUACUUUUUCUCUCUCUCUCAGCAUCGGUACUUUUUAUCUCUCUCAGCAUCGGUACUUUUUCUCUCUCUCUCAGCAUCGGUACUUUUUCUCUCUCUCUCUCAGCAUCGGUACUUUUUCUCUCUCUCUCUCUCAGCAUCGGUACUUUUUCUCUCUCUCUCUCUCAGCAUCGGUACUUUUUCUCUCUCUCUCUCUCAGCAUCAGUACUUUUUUCUCUCUCUCUCUCUCAGCAUCGUCUUUUUCUCUCUCUCUCUCUCUCUCAGCAUCGGUACUUUUUCUUCUCUCUCUCUCUCUCAGCAUCAAUCUCUCUUUCUCUCUCUCAGCGUCGGUACUUUUCUCUCUCUCUCUCAGCGUCGGUACUUUUUCUCUCUCUCUCUCUCUCUCAGCGUCGUCACUUCUCUCUCUCAGCGUCGUCACUUCUCUCUCUCAGCGUCGUCACUUCUCUCUCUCAGCGUCGUCACUUCUCUCUCUCAGCGUCGUCACUUCUCUCUCUCAGCGUCGUCUUCUUCUCUCUCUCAGCGUCGUCACUUCUCUCUCUCAGCGUCGUCACUUCUCUCUCUCUCUCUCUCUCUCUCAGCGUCGUCACUUUUCUCUCUCUCUCUCUCUCUCUCUCAGCGUCGUCACUUUCUCUCUCUCUCUCUCUCUCAGCGUUGGCACUUCUGUCUUUGUUGGCAUUUCUAUACAAUUCCAUCUUCCUCUCUUUACCACGCCUUGAAUUCACUUCCUCCCUUAUUACAGCAGCAAGCGGACGCUUUCACUCUCACUGCCCAUCUCUCUCUCUCUCUCACUGCCCAUCUCUCUCUCUCUCUCACUGCCCAUCUCUCUCUCUCUCUCACUGCCCAUCUCUCUCUCACUGCCCAUCUCUCUCUCUCUCUCACUGCCCAUCUCUCUCUCUCUCUCACUGCCCAUCUCUCUCUCUCUCUCACUGCCCAUCUCUCUCUCUCUCUCACUCACUCACUCUAUCCAACUCGACUGUUGAUUUCCACGCAAACGCGCUUAAAAACACCCGGUGGUAACGACAAAACCCCGAGGUGUUGGUAA